UGCCUGCUCUGUGCAAAACAUUGGACAUGGUUUCAGAAAGGGUGCUGCUUUGGUGCAGAAUUUUCAACACGCAAGAAAACGAACAACAUUGCCCUGGCACUGCGAUAUCGACCGACCGACAUAGUGCUUUUUGUCGCGGCGUAAUCGUUCACUGCUGGUAGUGCGUUGGCCGUGGAACUAGCUAGUGUUGUUAGAUUUAUGUAAAAGUGUGUGCCAGCUAUUGUUUUUGAUCGUGGUGAUAUAGAAUCAAACCUUAUUUGAUCGGAUUUGAUAGCCAGCAGGGGCGCGCGAUUGUGUGUGUGUGUACGUAUAGAGAGAAAGUUUGGUAGCAGUGUCCCCUCCGGAAGAAAAAAAAACGAGUGUUGUGAUUUGCUUGCCAUCCUACCCUUCCGCUGCGAAUGUGUGUUUCUCCAUCCAUUAGUAGGCUGCGGAAAACGAUAGCUGCCCAUUAUUGAAUACACCACCAACCCCGAACGUAGACUCUUCCGUACAUUCUCACCACCAACCCCCAAGACGCGAGUGUAUAGUUUUGCGCAAUAAAAAAAGUGAUGCGGGACCUGGCUAAUAAGAUGGCCGAACUCAAAUUCGAGGCACCAUUGGCACAGUUCGAGGAGAGUGACGAGUGGGGCCCGGUCGAGUACCAAUCGUCGAAUGUGGUUACCACCAACGGUAAGGCAGCGGCCGUCUCCAUCAGCGACACCCUGAAUCUGAACAAUCUGAAAGAAUCGCUCCGUUCGCUCGACGGUAACCAGCAGCAGCAACAGCAGCAACAUCUGAAAGAUGACGAUUUGAACGAGCUGAACGACAACCUGCUGCUCGGGGAUGAUACGGUGCGUGGCGGAAAUGGAGGCGACACGACCACGACCACUACCGCCAACAACAACAACAUUAAGGUUGGACCGAUCAAAGACAACAUAGAUUUUGCGGAAGCCUUUACCGGCAGUCUGGAGGAUUUGGUCAACACAUUCGACGAGAAGAUCACGAAAUGUUUCGGCAACUACGAGCAAUCCGUUGAGGAACUGGCCCCGGUGCAGGUUCGCUCACAGGAGGAAAUCAUGAACGAAUGCCAGAUGUGGUGGACUAUUACUGGCAACUUUGGCAACAUUCUACCAAUUGACUGGUCGAAAACAUACGCGCGUCAGAUGCACGUUCCGGCAUUGAACCUUGGCAUGCGUAAACCAGGCACACCGGAUGAUGAUCUGCUUCAGGAUCUUAGCUCGGAAGAUGAAGCGGUUGCAAACGAUCUUGACAUGCAUGCGCUCAUACUCGGUGGGCUGCACGCAGACAACGAACCGAUCAAAACGGCCGACGAAGUGAUCAAGGAGAUCGAUGACAUCAUGGACGAAACUGGCUCGGAAGAUGGGCAGCUCGAUAAUGAGGUGAUUGAAAAGGCGAAGGAAGUGCUCAGUUCCCCAUUGUACGAAGAGAAGUUGCGUUCCCUAUCGAUUACCCAGCUGAAUGAGCUGUACAUGGAGAUGGAGGUACUGAUUCGUGAGUUUUCCGAGACGCUUAUCUCGGAGCUAGCGCUGCGCGAUGAGUUGGAGUAUGAGAAGGAGCUGAAGAACACGUUCAUUUCGUUGCUGCUAGCCGUACAGAACCGUCGCCGUCAGUACCAUGUAGAAAAGAAGAAGGGAAAAGCAGGUAGCAAGGGUCCUACGGGUGCAGCAAACAGUACGGGUAUGGAUCCUAAGUAUCUCACCACAGUUAUUCCCUACCAGCUAAACAGUACACCCGAUAAUCAAACACUCCAAGUGUUGAUCAAAAUACUGAAAGCGAUUAAUGAAGACAGCCCUACCGUUCCUACACUUUUGACGGAUUACAUUCUGAAGGUGCUGUGUCCGACGUAAGCGAUUGCCAUCGGGCCUCUCCGACCAGGAUCGUCUGCUUUCCAUGACGCUCUUACAUGUAUCUGGACGCAGUUGGGCCGUUAUUGGAUGUAGGUAAUUUGUACACGAUUUCCAAGCUCUCAUAAUGCUAGCAGAAUAGUUUCAAAAUAAGAACACACAAAAAACAAUACCUAACUUUCGGUAUCAAAAGCGCAAAGAUUAUUGUAGUGUACCCCGGUAGCGCCAGACGGUCGGAAAAGGAAAUGGUAAUCAGGAUGCUAUUUAUCUAGUGUAUAGAAAAUAGGUGCUUCCGGUAAGUGUUGCUUGCCGGGAACGCUACUUUCUUCGUUAUCGUCGUACAGCAUCUUUUAGCGCUGAUUAAUGUGAUUUAUAGUUUGGUUGUGUUUUUAUUUUCACAACAGCAAAUGCAAAAAGAAAACAGAACAUCGUCGCAAACGAUGGCACCGAUGCGAUGGUUUUAUAAGCCCGCCAUGUAUGCAGACAGGCAGGAAGGGGUAGAGCACAUCUGCAAAUGACACACACCUACGUGCAAUGCAAUACUGUAAUCAAAGUUUAUAAUAUUUUAUCUCGCCAGACACGUAGCAUACAGUGUCGUAACAAUUUUCUAACACCCUUUAUAUAAGGUAAUACAAAAAAAAGAAAACAAAAAAAAAGCUGCGCACAUAGGACUGUAGGACCGGGUUUAAUGCUUCUACGAGAAACAUAGGCUACAUUUCUUUACCCCGGAAAGGGAAAUACAUUUCUUUACCCCGGAAAGGGAAAUACUAUAAUACUCCACUAAUUUAUUGUGCUUUUACGCAUGGAAACAAAAAUAAUGCUGCCCUUUUAUCUGUUCGAAUUUUUCACCGUAUAGCAGCAGCCUGACAUUACACACGAAAGUUUUCAUACAUACUGUGAAGCUCAACUAGCAGCGAGCUAUACAGUAACAGUCUCAACCAUUCCAAUAUAGUCCGGCAGGGUAAGCGCCAUCAGGCCGUUGAAUGGUCCGCCGACGUGAUGUUGUUGAGUUUGUGAUCAUUCCCCUGAGGCAAAGGCAAAGGGCGAUCAGAUCUUACAUCAGUGCACACAUCAGCACUGAGGUUCGGUUCCCAUUUGCGGUGCAAUUGAAUGUCCCUUCUGGGUGCUCGCCGAAUAAGUAACAUAUUGCCAUUCUGGUUAGACUGCAGAGAAGAACAGAAAGUCACGGAAACAUGUAGCCGAAUGUAGCUAAGGUUUUAGCUUGCUUUCGUGGAGAAUUUAUUUCUCUUCGCAUAACGCUAGUCAUACGAUGUGUUGAAAUGUGCGGCACUGUAUCGGAAAUCGACAGCCGAAAGCCAAACAAGCUGUGUGUUUUAGUCCGCUAUAACGUGUUCAGGUAUUUUUAAUUAUACGAUUUGUGUUGGUUUCUUUCCUUGUUGUAGUUCCUUUGGUUUUCGUUGUUGUUCGUUGGGCUUUAAGUUGAGAGCAAUAGUAGUUGUUACGGAACAGAGAGAGAGAGAGAGAGAGGCACAUAUGAUAUGAUUUUCGAUAGGCUUUAGCGUUGAACAACAACGGUGAAAAUAUAUAUAUUCAUAUUUGCUAUUUAGUAUCGUAAUAAGAGCGUAUCGUGAACGAUCUAUUCAUGAACGUGUUCACGUUGUCGUACUAUUAUUCUUUGGUAUAUCAACGUAUUUAAACGAUACAAACUCACUCUCACGUUCAUCCCACUAUUGGGGAGAUGAGAAAAAUGCCAUAUAAUUUUGAUUAAUUAUUUGUAUUAAAGAUUUAAAGAUACGCUUCGCCAACAUUUUCGCGCACUCUCUAGAGCUUCGAGAUUUGUGUAGUUCUAGUGUCUUGUCACAUACUCUUUAAAGUAUAAAAAUAAAUGAAAUCAUUAAUAGAAACGUAUUUUGCGAACAAGAAAACUGGUGAGAACACCCAAACCCAGUUAGUGGAAGAAAUAGAAGCAGACAAAGGGUAUAAUUGCGCCGGUUCCUAAAUUUCCAUAAUUUGAACUGCUCGGUGGAUUCAAAAACCGGUGGACGACAGACAGAAAAGGAAUCACAAGGAGAUAAUUGGGAUAUGUGGAAAGAAUAAGACGGUCAGUUGAAUACAGAAACCAAUGAUGGUUUUAAAAUGGAAUGUUGUAAAGAUCUCUGUGUCCGUGUGGUGGUCCAUCACUGUUGCGUGAUGUUCCUUUGCAUGCAUGUUCAGUUUAGGCUACGCAUUGUAAACAGUUGUCUCUGAAAGAUAUUGAUUUCGUCAAAUUAUUACUAUCAUGAAUGCUUACAACGGAUGGUUGCUAAUCGUAAAGGCUUCAGAAAUGAUUGAAUGCAAUUGUACAUUUUUUGUAGCUUAUCUGUAGAACAUAUGUAUUCAAUUAACUUGUAAGAUAUAAACACAAACGGAGAAAAAAAAUCGAUGCAAAAUACACAAUGCCUUCUUUCGAUCUUCUUUGCUGCUGCCGUUAUGCUGCUGGUGGAUGUGCGCAAUACGUUCGCUUUCAGUUAUACAAACGUCGUAUUUGUUUUCAUCUUACAGCAACGGUACUGAUAAUGAACAGACGAACAAUAGGAUAAGAGCAAGAAGAAGUCCGCCUAAAAAAACACACUAAUGUCUCGCAGUUUGAAGGAUCAGAAAUAGAAAACUCUUUUACAUGGCUUAAUUUUUAAAUGAAUUCCAAUCUUGUUGAUACUGAUAAGCUUCUGAAAGCACGAAGAAGAAGGAAAAAACAUUACAAAAAAACACUACAAGUCUAGAACCAUGAAAGAAGAAAUGAAAAAAAAAAAUUAAAAGAAAUAGAAAAAAAGAACAAGAUUACUAAUAACAAAGCAAAAUGAAACCAAAACAAAUGCAAACUAAAUAAUAAUUUAAAAAAAAGCCCAUACUGACUACGAAGACUUCAAUCGACAGUGAAGAAGCUCGUUACAUUGUGUAAGAAAAUAGCAAUAGAUAAUGAAAUUAUCUCGUUCACAAAUCCGACCGCAAAGGGAAUGGCGAGCAUAAAUACGUCUCCAACUCUCCCAAAGAUCGAGCGCCGAAUUGAGCGUCUGCAAUGCAAAAUGUAUGUGAGUCAGAAGCCAGCUAUAGCAAAAGGCAGAUGGAAUGUGAAGGGAUGUUCAAUUCUAGAUGAAAAAUAUAUAAAAUGAUUUAAUAUAAAUAAAUAAGAAAGAAAUAAAUUGCAAUAGAAAUAAAACGGCAUGACGGUAGCGUGCAAUAGAAACAAGAAGAUAGUGUAGUGGAAGAGAGAAUAUAAGGAAAGAUGAAGAUGGGUGACGAAGGCAGAAAAUAGAGAUGGAAAAAGAUAAGAAGGUGCAGAUAGUCAAAGCAGAAGUAGUCGAAAAGUGCACAUACGCUGAUGCGCCGAUGGUAAAACGUUGAUAAAUAAGUAUCUUAGUACAUUGGGUGUUAAUACAAAUGUCAACACGAGCCAAGUGAAAUGUAAGAACAAACAGCAAACAAAACAAAAAUACAUACCACACAUUUAAUGGGGCAAAUAAAACUGCUUGAAAUAAUCGAA